AUGACAGAAGCUACGCAUACAAAGUUGAUGGAUACGGAGAGGGGAGGAGAGAAUACACAAUACGAAUCCCAGAAUAUAUUCACGCGGUCGCCUGCUAAAGACCAGGGGACCUUUGGAGACUCGACAGGACCCUCCGAAGCCACACUCCAAAAAGACGCAGAACACAAAGCGCGUGGCGAACGAACGGCGGAGAAUAUCAGGUAUGGAGAGGCGAUUAGUGAGCAUGGGUUUGGGGGGGAGACGGUGGGGAAUAGUAUGGGAGUUGGGAGCGGAGAAAAUAAGGAGGAGACGAAGGACGCAAGGAGAAAAAUGGGUUAUGGAGGAGGGAAUGGGGUUGGUGGUUGA